CUUCAUUUUGAUUUGGUUGAGACUGGGAGAGAGCGAGAAGAAGGUUGUGAGUUGGGAAGUGGAAGUCGACAAUGGCUGCCGCUGCCGCUGCCUCAGCAUCCAGUUCAGAGGAAGAGAUAACAUUGACGCUGAAGUGGAGCGGAAAGGAGUAUACUGUGCGAGUUUGCGCAGAUGACUCGGUGGGUGAGCUGAAGCGUCGAAUCUGCGAGCUUACUAACGUCUUGCCCAAACGCCAAAAGCUUCUUUAUCCCAAAGUUGGAUCCAAGCUAGCCGAUGAUUCGCUUUUGCUUUCUCACCUUCCGCUCAAGUCUUCUCUCAAGAUGACCAUGAUCGGAACUGUUGAAGAUGAUAUUAUCGUGGAUCAACUGGACUCCCCUGAAAUUAUUGACGAUUUUGAACUUGGGAAAGAUGAAGUCAUUGACAUUAAGGAUAAGGAUGUCAAUAAGCAGAAACUGAGGAGACGUAUUGGUCAAUGCAAGAUAGAACUUCGCAAUCCAUGCCGUGAAGGGAAGAAAUUGCUUGUUCUGGAUAUUGAUUAUACGCUUUUUGAUCAUCGCUCUCCUGCAGAAAAUCCUCUUCAACUCAUGCGGCCUUAUCUUCAUGAAUUUCUGACAGCUGCUUAUGCUGAAUAUGACAUCAUGAUAUGGUCAGCAACCAGCCUUAAGUGGGUUGAAUUAAAGAUGGGACAGCUCGGUGUUCUCAACAAUCCAAACUACAAAAUCACUGCCCUUCUAGACCAUUUAGCUAUGAUCACAGUUCAGUCAGAUCAUCGUGGGACCUUCGAUUGCAAGCCACUAGGCUUGAUCUGGGCACAGUUUCCUGAGUUCUACAAUUCGAGAAAUACUAUAAUGUUUGAUGAUCUUCGGAGAAAUUUUGUAAUGAAUCCACAAAAUGGUCUGGUAAUAAAGCCAUUCAGGAAAGCUCAUGCAAAUCGUGAUAGUGACCAGGAGCUUAUGAAGCUGACGCAAUACUUGCUUGCCAUUGCGGAGCUUGACGACUUGAGUUCUCUUGAUCAUAAUGAUUGGGAACUAUACACUGAGGAUGCUCCAAAAAGACGGCGGCAUGCAUGAGUAGCAACAUCUACUUCGUUAUUUUAUUGUCUAUUUGAGGGGUUCUUAUAGAGAUUUGGAUCUGAAGGGGCUUUAACCAACGAUUUCAAUUCUCUAAUGAGAACACCAUCUACUUUUGGUGAACUUUUGUUCUGUGGUGGCAUAAUUUAUAGAUUGCUAUGAAUAUUACCAUGUACUAAAUGACUGGGCGCAUUUUUUAUGUUUGCAAAUAUUUAUUUCCUUUAGGGUAUAGAUAGCAUGGAGUUAUAUAAAGGCAGUGCAACCAUUGUUUUCUCUUUCCA